ACGGUUGAGUCAAAAGCCCAAGCAGGGAUCCCUCACGGCGCAUGUAACUCAGGCAGAGAGGGAGUUGAUCGGGUCUGUGCGUGCUCGCUGACUGGCUGGCUGAUUUGAGUUUCUUCCAGCCCUGGGCUCAGUGAUCUCGCCUCCUCCGGCUCUGACUUUUAGGGACCACCUCUGCCUUGAUUUCUCAAAACAGAAACCUCGCCCAUCUGGUUUUGCUCCUCCUCCGCCUCUGUCACGCCUGCCCUCUUUCUUUCUCUCAGCCCUUGUGCUGCUGCCUUCUAACUCCUCCUCCUUCUCCUUCGUCUUCCCCUUUCCUACUCAUCAUGCCAAUCACCGCAACGUCUGUGUAUCUGAACUUUGUGUAACUGUAUGUACAUAUAUAAAAAAGGAGUUUAUAUUCGAUUUUAUGCCUCCCUCGUCCUCCACGGCGACGCGCGGAGCUCCCUGACGCAGCGGAGGGAGAGAGAGUAGUGUGUAUGAUUGUGACGUCGUAGUGGGGCGGCCCCCAGUGCUUCCGAGGGUGAAGGAGAGAGUGGAGGGGAAUAAAGUGCGGUUAUAGGUGUCAAGGGGUGAGGAUUUUGGCACGAGAGGGGGGGGGGGAUUUGGUCGCUAUCCGGAUCCUGCUGCAGCAUGUGGCACUUUUGCAUGGAGCUCACCGAACAGCGCUCUCAUACCCUGUAGGCACCUGCACUCUUGGUGUUGUGUAUGCACUUGCUCGAACUCUGGGACCCGGCCGCUGUUUGGCGAGGAAUGUUGUGGUGUUGAGUUGUCGGAAAGUGUUUGGUGACGAGGACUUGCUUUGUUUGGAUAUGUUAACUGAACCGGUCCCUGGAAUUGUGUGCUGUGCUUCCCUGUGUGGUAGCUUGGGUGUGCCUCACCAUGUUGCCCCCUGGGAACAGCACUGGAAUGGUGGUGACCCAGUGAAGCAGGUAAGAUCUGCUCCGAGGGACAAGAUUAUGGAUUCUAAACUUCGGAUCGUUCAGUGCCCGAAGUGUCGGGCGUAUUUACAAGAACCCCCUGUUGGCAAUCCUUUCUACGAAUGCGGCAGCUGCUUCGCUACCCUUCAAGCCAAUCACGCUACGCAAGAAGAUGUUGAUAACCGUUUGCGAAUGAAGGCGCAAUUGAAGCGAUUGGAGAGUGAAAAGAAUACGAAAAGCUUACCACCUGAAGAUGGUUGUAAAGUAUUUACCUCAGAGUCUUCCAGCGAAAAGAGCAUCGACAGAGAAGAGCAUGGCCAAUUUGGAGAGGGCUCGCCUUCUCGGUCGCCUUCAAGGCGGGAAUCACCUCUUCGUGGUCCUAUAUCCGGACACGCACCGCUGCCGCAGGCUCAACCAGAGCACCAGAGGCAAGCUGUCGAAUCCAUUGAUCAGCCACAUUACUACCCGCAGAAUGCUGUUUCUCGAUCCAAAUUAGAUGGUCCGCAGGAGAAGGUUGAAGCGCUGAGCUAUAACCUGAACCAACUUGGAGUGGAGGAUAGCAGUGAAGUAAAAAGUCAAAAUUUGGAUACUUCAGGAGCAGAGGGUGCAAACGGGCAUGGUGCUCAUCUUCGGAGCACCAGGCGACCUCGUUCGGGCGAGUUGCAGCCGGACAGGGUUGUUGAGGGCUAUCACCCUCAAAUUCGAAAAUCGGUUUCUUUUAAAGACCCCGCGAGUACACAUUCACUGGGAGGGGAUCAGACAUCGAUUUCGAAGGAUGUACACCAAGUAAAUCGAAUACCUCCUCCCGAACCGGAAGAUAGUAUAGAGGAUCACAUCCACCACAUUUUGGACGACUUUCUUUCCGCACGCUAUGACGCAAAGCCUCAGUACUCGAAAGUUGAAGGAUACGAAAUGCAGCGGGAGAUCCAUGGUGCAUCAGAGAUUUCAGAAUAUGGGACAAGCAGUCGCACAUCGUCCGUUGGUGAUGGCGAUGCACACCAUGCCAUGGUGGUAGAGAGUCAUUCUAGGCCCAAAUCUGGUGAGCUCGAUAGCUAUGUGGUUCUGGACCAUCGGGUGACAAGACCUGGGUCGUAUCAGCGGAGUUCUUCAGCGAGCAGGUACAGUCAUUUGAAUUCUGUUCAUCAUCACGCUACAGAUGGUCAUGAGCGAUACCAUUCUGAUGGAGAGGUGUUUUUACCUCACACUCACUCUGCUUCUAAAAUGCAACACCGGUCGACGGCUUAUCAAGCACAUCAGCCUUCUCAUGUACCUUACCAGUCAUCGGCUCAGUCUCCUCCUCACUACUCGUUCAACAAACCUCCAGCAGGACAGACUCAAUAUCUGUCGCCUGAUUCCAGUGUUACCAAUGGUUCCCCGAAGACCUACCCUUUUCUUCCUCGGCCGGAUGAGGCACCUGUUGUGCACUGCCAGCACUGUGAGCAGCUUCUCAGUGUUCCAUCUAAUUUGCCUCCGACUAAGAAAGGUUAUCAGAAGUUGAGGUGCGGGGCAUGUUUCAAGAUUUCUGUCUUCCUUGUAGCACUAGAGGAGCAUAUUUCAGCUCCCACGAUAUCCCCCAAGGGACAUGUUCCCUCUGCAGAUUUUUCAACCGCACAUGCGUUGCAUGUCACAAACUCACCCGAUUCGGGUUUUAGCAGCCGACACAUCAACCACGGAGCGAAGUCGGAUUCUGAAACAGGAGAUAAAGGUCACGCCUCAGUAGUUUCUGGAGGAUCGCCGCGUCUACCACCUGUUGUGAGGAACAUACCUCGGAUUCCCUCGGGAUCAAAACUUAUGGCGAUGACUUCAGCUACUAAUGGUACUACAAUGACGGGUCAUGCUGCUGUCUCAAACUUGCAUUCAGGUACGGGGGCUCUAAUGGGACGCAGCAACAGCUCUUCUCACUACAGUGAUGGGACUACGUAUCGUCGUUCGCAUUCUGCUUAUGGACCAAAUGGAGAACAUGUGAUGUCCUCGUUGGGGCCCCGCAGCGAUUAUGAAGGUCAUCAUCCGCAUGAUGGGAGGUUUUUCCAGACCAGUAGUGAAUCAGACAAUGACUCUCCCAGACAGCGUCCUCCCAUCAGCUCUUUCAAGGGUGAGCAGUUCUACGCCUCGUCGCGCAUGCCUUUAGACCGCCACGUCGCUCAACAAUAUUCGAAAGACGAAGGGUACAUGCAAGAAGCAAAUUCGACGUCCUCUAUGAGUCUGAAAGGCAUCAUAAAGAAGGGUGUGAAGGAAUUGACGAAGCCCAAGGAAAAUUCGAGUAAUAACUUGUACAGGCGGAAAGUAGUUGUCAAUGGGUCACCCAUUCCCGAUGCCCUGGUGAAGCGAGCCGAGACAAUGGCAGGACCCAUUCAUCCAGGAUCUUACUGGUAUGAUUCUCAAGCAGGCUUCUGGGGCCUCUCCGGUGGACCGUGCUUGGGCAUCAUUCCACCACACAUUGAGGAAUUGAGUCUACAACCGCUCUCAAGGUACUGCUCCGGUGGACAGACUGGAGUUCUGGUGAACGGAAGGGAGUUGCACAAGAGCGACUAUGAUCUUCUGGUGCGUCGUGGUCUGCCCCCCACACCAGGCAAGACGUACUUCAUUGACAUCGAGGGCCACGUCAAGGAAGCUGUAUCUGGGUUGGAGCUCAGAGGUCUUGGCUCAUUUGCACCAACGUACGCGAUAGCAGUACCUUUUCACCCAAGUUGGAUCAAACAACUCGAGGGCAAGGAAUGUGGGUUCCUGGGAGCGGUUAAGUAUAUAGUAUGGUUUCUUGGGUAUAUGGAAACAUUGCAUCGUGGUCACGGCUGACGAAUCAAUUUCCAACAAGUAUACAAUCCAAGUCCAGCUCAAAAGGCGGUUCACCUCACCAAAUGAUGCCUGGAUCACGUCUGUUCCCGUUUUGAGGGUGCGUGUAUAGAAGAGAUGAAGCUACGUCACUUUUGAAGUGCAACUGUAUAUGAUUCUUCGUCAAAUUUUGUUGCGAUCGGUUGUUACCUUGAGUGGCCUGAUUGUGUUCUCCUUAGCUACUUGGAAGAAGUACCAAGUGCUCGUAUGCUGUAAUUCUAGCACACCUUACAGCCCCUUCGAUAUCGUAUUUUUCAGAUUCAAUUCUUUGGCUCUGGUUUUACUGGAAACCUGGGUUGAAAUAAAGAAAAGGGCGAAAGCCCACACGCUUUUAAGCAGAUCUUUCAAUUA